AUGGAGAAUGGAUCGACCCAGAGUGGAGGAGUCCAAAAAAGGUUAGAAAAAAUAAGAUCUGAACUAAACCUCAUCUCUUACACUGGUUUGACUAGAAACCAAGUGAUCGAAAAAAAGACUCUCCCUGUUGCAAAGACUAAUAGAAAUUUAUCUUCUGAAAAUUACAGAUAUUCCAACAGAGGACAGACAUAUGAUGCUUUUAACAAUUCCUCAGAAUCUAGCAUAUUGAACAGCUCUCACUUGGAGAAUUAUGCUCAAAAUCCUGUGAGGAAGCAGAGCUACUCCAGGCCUACCUUCUUCAAUACACAUACUGCAGCUCAUAUUUGACUUGAAGAAGCUCCAAAAAAGUAUCCACAGGAAGGACAUUUUAGCAAGAGAGCAUUUAAAGUAGACACCACUUCAUCUGAAAAUAUUAUGCUACCUAAUUACAUGUCUGAUACUUCCAGGAGUGAGACAAGAACCCAUAUGACCCAUAACUCAAUCAGAAAGCCAUAUUAUGAUGAAAGAAUAAAUAACGAAACUCUCCACGAGUCCGCACUUUAUUACAAAAUGAAGGAUACUCAUAGGUCCCAGUAUAGCAGAGACAUCAUUCAAUCUAUUAAACAAGAGAUAUCCCAACGUUAUGAGAACGAAAUCGAGUCUUUGAAGCGUAGGCUUUCCGAAUAUGAACAUCAGACGAUUGAGCUCGAGAUGAUAACCUCUAAAUAUAACCGUACACUAGAAGAAAACAAACUAAUGCAGGACACCAUAAAGUUCCUCAUAAAUCAAAAUGAACAGAACAUAAAAUCAUCCGAUGAACAUAUGAAUCUAUUAAACCAAAGAAUAGACGCUAUUCUAUCUAACAAACCCAUAACGCCAAAUCUCCCUCAGGACGACCCAGUAGUCACCGAAAUAAUCUUCCAAAAGCUAAACUCCAAGAUUCAAGAUCUCGAAUCCGAAAUCGAUCGGCUAAAAUCCCUCCCUCCCCCCUCUUCCAGCCACCUAAAUUUCCCAAAAUCCUCAUCCCAUACAAGCCAGACUCUGACUGCUCGAGAGCUUAAGAACAGCAGUAACAUAAAGAUAGCGCACAAACCAAAAGCACACAGCAAGAGCAGAGUCAAGAAAAAAAGAGACACAACUCUUGGUAAAGAGAACCAAUCUCAUAACACAAAGAAGACUUCAGGAAGACUUGCGCUAAAGAAGUUUACAAAGAACUCUCAUAAUAGAGGCAUCCUGAAACAAAGAAAUUUAAAUUUAGCAACCAAGAAAGGAGUAUGCAAGGGAUCAGUGAAUGAUAAGAAGGUUUUAUAG